CAUCUAGCUCUCGAUAAGGGAAGCACGCGCGUUCGCUCCCCUCGUGAACUCAACUUUACGAAAUUGUAGCUUCGUUUUCCGAACUCGGUAAUUUUUUUUUUUCAAAAAAAUUGUGGACUUGUGUAUUGUGUGUUUGACGUAUUGGGAUUUUCAGAGGUUAGUGAAAAGGCAAGGGGGACAUGGAGACCGUCGUCCAAUAUUUACUCCUAGCUUUGGCUCUGACUUCAGUGCAAAUAUCCUACACUGAAAGCCGUCUAAAUGAAAAACGCAGGGAUAAAACUGAAAGGAGGUUCCAUGGAACGCAAGUAAAAGAUAACAUAUGCGAGAUAACGAACAGAGAGUCUAAAGUACAUUGCUAUUGCACUGACAGCAGCGAUGUUAAAACAGCUACAAAAGCCGACUGCUGGGUUUUCAACGGAGGUAUCGAUGAAACCGAUCCAAUAUGGUCCACUUUCAACUCUCAGCCAUAUUUGGAAAAGCUAACAUUUAACGUUCGAUCUGACGGAGCUCUUCGAUUCAUCCCAUUCCACGUCAUCCACCGCAUGAAGCGAUUACAAAAGCUGUUCAUACACUACGCUACUCUUAACAAGAUUGAGAAAAGAACAUUUUCAAACAUAACCACACUAAAAGAAAUAACUCUGAUGAACAACAAAAUAACCGAAUUGGACUUUUCAUCGUUCACGAAUCUCCCGUCGCUCGUAAACCUAACUAUAAAAGAGAAUAAAGUAACAGAAGUGCAAAGGGACGUGUUCGUAGAUUUGCCGAGUCUCAAAUAUCUGGAUUUGUCUUCUAACAGUAUCAACCUAGCGCACGACGGCUGUUUUGAACAUCUGACCGUAUUAAACGAUUUGAUACUGGAGGCUAAUUCAAUUACGGUUCUGACUAGAGACACAUUCAGGGGCUUAGCUAAUCUGACGAGAUUGGAUCUGCGGUCCAACAAGUUGUCAAUGUUGGGCGAUUUAACUUUCACGGAGCUGUGGAAUCUUAACGAGCUGCUUUUGGAUAAUAAUGAAUUGAAAUUUCUGUCUGAAAGAGCUUUCGAUGGUCUCGCUCUGUUACAGAAAUUAUCUAUGACAGGGAAUAAAUUGAAGUCUAUUAAUGAGGGGCUAUUAGAAGGUGUGCGCGGUCUUGAAUUAUUGGAUUUGAGGAACAAUGAGAUAGAACAUUUUACUUACGAGACAAUAAAGCCGAUAUUGGAGAAUUUGAAAAUGAAGAAUUCUGUUCUGUAUUUGAGCGGUAAUAAACUGACUUGCGAUUGCCGUUUAUCAUGGAUACAAAUUCUGAGAAAUGAAACGAAAAGCGAGCCUCUAAGAAUGGCUUUAGACAGUGUCACUUGUGUGAUAGGUACAGGCGAGGCAGUUGAGAGUACAUCAAAUGACGUAAACUCCCAAAUGAUUGACGCUAAGCCUGCAAAAUCCGAACAACUUUACGAGAUCGAAGCAAACGGAGAAGUAUUACAACAAGAUGCCAAUGAAGAAGAAAUGUAUGAAGACAAUCAAUAUAAGUUCGAACCAACUGUACAACCAGUCGUGGCCAAUCAGCUCACAAUAGUUAAUAUGCCUGUAGAAACUUUGCCUUGUCCCCGCGAGCUAGUUAGAAGCGGCGAAGACUCUCUGAUGCUCUCGUCUAAGGACGAAAGUUACUGGCAAUCAAAUACAAGCUUACGAGUUCUCCCAAAACUGUUUUUGGUAGUGACGUUACUAACAAUAAGUGUAUUCUAAUUUUAAUAUUUAUAGUGUGUGAUGCUCUUCUAAUAGUGCUGAAAUAGAAGGAAAAGUUCAGCGAGAGGCAAAAAUAAAUAGCAUUGUAUUAUAAUUCCAACAGGCUAAUUCUAAAGUGGGUCACGUAAUGGUUAUAGAACCAAUUAUCCUAGCUCCUUUGGCAACGAUCGCUCGUUUAAUGGCCUCGAAAGUAAUAAGAUUAUCACCUUGCAUAUUUUUCCUUUUGUAUGUAUAUUAGAUCAGGAAUCGAAACAUUAAUAUUUGGCUUUCGAGCUUACUGUUUGUUUCUUGAACUUUAUCGAAUAUUUCAGCACUAUAAGCUUAUAAUUUUCAUGUUCUGCUAUGAUGCUUGAUUUUUAGACUUUAAGAAAAAAGACUGGUUUAGAUAUUUAAUUAAAUUAUUUCUUAGUAAGUGUAAUUGAAAGCCCAGUUUAAUGUUCUACCCAGUGUUAUAUAAUUAGAUCCAUAAUGUCAGUAUCAUGCUUCGCUAUGGGAUUUUGGAUAUGUUCCAACUAGUUGAAAACCCAUAAAAAGUUAUUUUUUGUAAGUGUUUAGCUUAUUUUUCUUUCAUAUUCCGAAAAAUCAUA